GCCGACCAUCGCCGUGGUGGUACCUCAAGGCGCUCGACGCUUCGUUUCUCCCUCGAUCUCGAAAUCCAAAGGCAGAUCUUCCUUCCUGUGCUGACGGUCGGAUCUUUUCGAUCAGCGAGGGAUCAGCGAGGGCGCCGUUUCGCUCUGCUGAAGCCGUUUCUGGUCUCGGUGGAACGUCGUCGUUCGGCGUCGCGACGCGGCUGGACAAUGUGACGACGUUCCACGGCGACGACGACGAUCAACAGGUUAAUCCCUGCUAGCUGGCUAGCUGGCGGUAUCACACCGGCCAAUAAUCCUGUAUACGCAUACACUUCUGUUUACUGGCUGUCGUGCUGCUCGUCGACACGCGCCGUCAUCUACGAUAUACCGUCAUCUGCGGUACGGAUACAGCGAGGAGGCUGCGUGUAACCGCUGGUUGCUGGUGAUAUGAUAAUGAUAUUCGGGAAAUUGUUCUCAAUGACUGAAAGAUACAUUCUUUCUGUUGGAAUUUUGUAACGUCGCGUUUGGUGACGACUAGAGGGGCGGCAGUCAAAAGGGUCUGCGACUAGAAGAACAACCACUGUGAAAUGCAAACUCGUUCCCGCGGUGUCCCUUGAGGAUCCUCAUCAACGCGAAAUUGUGACCAAGAUUGAAGAUCCAUUAAAAUGAAAAGGGUGGCCGUCGCGGUCGAUCGCAAGACGAUUCACGGACGUGAUCGCAAGGACGACGAGGACGAUGGCAUCGACGAGGAUCGUUCCUGCGACGUGAUGAUGGCGCGUGAUCACUCUCGAUAAUCGAACGGUCGAUCGUUGCGAGAAGGCGCGUUUCGACACCAGGGGACGAGCAGAAAUUCAUCAGCUAGAAGAACCCGCAUCGGAGAUGGCGACCAACAGUCCCGGACAAUUGAUCCACCUAAAAUCUCCGAGGAGCCCGCGGCAGCUGCCGGCUCUGCCUCGCUAUCAGCCGCAACCGCAGCCGCCGAUCGGCGAACAGCGCAGUCCAACGAGCCACAGCCAGACCAAAUCGCCUAGCACUCCCCGCGUGUUCGAGUUCCCGCCUGAAUACUAUCCGGAGACGCCCAACACGAACUUUGACUUCGACGAGUUCAGGCGCGCCGGCGACCUCGAGCAGCAACAUGGCUCCAGGAGUCCCAGUUAUUACAUGCGGCCUGCUACCGUGAGUCCAUUGCGCAGUCCAAAGAGCAGCGACGGCACUUGCGAGAUCCUGCACUCGCCCGGUCGCAAAUCGCCGAUCUUCCAGUUCUGCGAUCCACGCAAGUGCCUGAAACAGACAGCAAGCUAUCCGGCGACCGGCACGUCGUCCACCAUGAUCGAUCGCAGCCGAUCGAUGAACUCGUCCUGCGGUUCGUAUGGUCGUAGAAGCCCGAAGCUUUUCGACCGGCGGCGUAACUCCUACUUCGGCCUACCGAGUCUGAAGAGUCCGAUGUCGCCCACAAUAGUGACACCAACGUCGCACGAGGCGACCAGUCCGAAUCUUGACCGGAAUUCGGAGUUGAACACGCCGAAGAGUCCUGGCAGGGAGAUCGGCAGUUGCAGCAAUGGUACGAGCAAGUUGCCUUCCUUGGAGGAGCCUAUCAGUAUACAGAAGAAGACCGCUGCAGGAGGGACCAGCGAGAGCAGAGUAUCAAGAAGCAUGAGGAUGGCCGGGCACUUCAACAAGAGCCAGGGAUGUCUGGACGAGGCGGGUCGGAGUCAUCGUAAGGGUUCGGAUGAGCGCUCGCGACAUGGAAGGGGUGACAAAAACAUGUCGCGCCGAUCCACCAGCGAUCUGACGGACAUGGGCGACGCUGAUACUGAAAUCACCCUGCUGUCCAGUCCGAGAAGAAGGGGCUCCAUGAAGGGCGGUCUUGCCUAUCUGGCCUCGAGACGCGGCUCCCGUGACAGUCAGUGCUCCAACGUGUCCAACGUUACCAACGAGGAUGUGGGUCCGUUAAAUUUCAGUGCCCAUCCGCGCGUUCGCCAACGCAGGACCUCGAAUUUUCUCGAAUUGCCAGUACCGGACCACAUACGGCCACGUGUGCACAGUCUACCGGAAAAUGCGUACAAUCCCCGGGCGAGCGAUGACUUGUACAGGUUGCGUGCAUUCAGCAUCACUCCCAAGGGCGUCGUGAACCGGGGUGAUUCCAUCAUCUCCAGACGCAGCAGGAGCAACACCUCCGUCAACAGCAGCAGAAACAGCAACGUGUCGGGCGAGAGAUCGCCAUUUGACGGUUCCUGCUGCAGCGGGCAGGACGUCAGCAGCCCCGAGAGCGAGGUCGAAGAAAGCAUCUCCAAGUACAGAGUCGUCCUGCUGGGCGAUUCCGGCGUGGGAAAGACAGCCCUGGUCUCGCAGUUCAUGACGAGCGAGUACAUAAACACGUACGACGCCAGUCUAGACCUCCGCUUCUAUGUUGUAGACGACGAGUUCGGCGAGAAGACCAUUUCCAUUUUGUUAGACGGCGUGGAAUCGGAAAUGGUCUUCAUCGACCAUCCGCAUGUGGAAAUGAGCGUUGAAAACUCCUUGUCGACGUACGAACCGCACGCCUGCAUCGUGGUAUACUCGAUCAUUUCACGUACCAGCUUUCAAGUGGCCGAGGAGACAUUGAACUACCUAUGGCAAGAACAUUACACUCGAGAGCGGACGGUCAUCGUCGUCGGCAACAAGUCCGAUCUCGCCAGAAGCCGGACGAUUUCCGCAAACGAGGGAAAACAGCUGGCCACGUCACGCGAGUGCAAGUUCAUCGAGACGUCAAGCGGACUGAAGCACAAGGUGGAUGAGCUUCUGGUCGGCGUCCUGAAGCAGAUUCGUCUCAGGGAGAGCCGCGACAAGAAGCUACGCCGUCAGGGCAGCAAGAGCAAGCUGCUGUCGAAAUUGCACAGCAGCAAGACUGUGCUGAACCUGAAUCUCGCCCGCGAGAUCCUCAACAAGAUCUGCCUGCAUGACAACAAGAGCAAGAGCUGUGAGAACCUGCACGUGCUGUGAGAUAGCGCGAAAGCGCGGAAGGCAGGCGGGCGGAGGAUCCUCUCGGGAGGAUCGCGAAAGGACUCCUCGUGCGAUCUCACGAACGAGGAAGUGCGCGAACGGUGAUCGAGAUCGAAUCAGCUGCGUCCCGCUGCGAGAGGCUGCGUCGCGUGACAUUUCGCGUUUUUCCGCGUUUCAUUCUAUUUUCCGUUCUACGUUCCACGCAGACCUUUCCGUAGAAAGUCACGCUGACUCGGCCGAGACCUUUUCCGCCGCCUUCGGAUCAUCACGAGUUUUACGAGCAAUGGCUGAUUACGCGUUCUGAUGAGUUGUUACCACCCACGUACAUACAUCCCAUGUUCGCCGUCCCGACUUUCGUCCCCGUGCGACGCGCCCUCCUCUCGCAGCGCCAGACAUUAUCCAACGCGUUAUUCUUGUUGGGGUGAUUUAAAACACGUACAAGAGAGCUCGGGUGCCUCCUGGUUUCCUUUUAAUUUCGCGAAUUGGAUGUCGAAGCGAGACGACGAGCGAGAAGGAAGCAAGCACAAGCGCGUCCCUUUGUCGUCUCGCGAGGAAGAAUGGAUCAAAACUUUGAAAGGCUGAAGUAAUUUAUAUAAUCACGGAGGCACGUCGAUAUCUACUAACAGCAAAAUUUCCUUUAAUUCGCUACGAUAAUAAAACUUUUACGUUGUAAUAAGACAAUUAUCACGUUAUUAUCACGUAAUUACAUUAGUACUUUUAUACUUUGCUUUCGUAACAAAGUUACGAGAUUCUGAUGUAAAAUUGUCGAUCGUUCUCCGGCGACGCUCGAGCUAAUUUUCUUCCCGAAAUUGAAUAAUAUUCCUGGCUUAUGCGUGAGAUCGAAAUUUUGGGAGUAAACUGUAAAUUAAAGUCUUUAAGCUCCUGCAAAACAUGGCCGAUCGACGCGUUAUCCCCCGUGAAAGCGACGGGAAAAAGACCAUACACAGGUAGAUACCUCCGAUUAAAGGAUUAAAGGGACUCUCACGAACGAGUUCAACCCUCCGCGCCUCCGCGUCUACCUUCCUCCCUCAUUUUCUCCUCUCGUACACGUUUUUCAUACGAUCGAAAAUCCAAGGGAGAAAGAGAGAGAAGCAGAGAGCGUCAGGUAAGAAUAGCGGAACCGUCAUUGUGCAUAAUAACGGCUAUACCGUGUGCAUGUGCGUACGUCUGUAUGCGUGUUUACGUGAAAUUAGAAUUUAAGAUUAACGCUCUCGAUCACAGGACCUCAUCCGUUUUGGGCGCGAAACGAAUGGCGGCGCCAUUCAGGUAACCCUGACGCGCGUCGUCUGUCUGCAAUGCAACGAUUUGAUUAUUUAUUAGAGCCUAAUGAGCGCACGUGCGCCCGGUCUCACGCGUUCCUCCACAAUUCGGGCCCACGAUGCUCGCCAGUGUAAACGGUUCCUCGGUAAUUGUGUUUCACGGACAAAGCCGGCUCUCUGAACUGUUCGAUCGCUCAGGCAUUCCCCAAUUUUCCGAAACACACAUACCUAGCAAACGAGACCGAUGGGAGAUUAAUAGGAUGAAAGAUCAAUUUUUUCUCAAAAAUUCGGGAAACUUAUUUUGUAGAAACAGAUUAGCGGAUUUCUAUCCAGAAUGUACGAAUUGAUGUCUAGCUGAACCGUUGAUUAGUCUGGAUCACUAAUUAUAAAAUUGUCUCGUUUUUAUAGACGCGAAAUAAUUACCGGAGGUUUACGCAAUAAAUUACGGGCAACAGUAUUUUAAUUAAUAAUCGUAAAGGCAUAAAGGUUCGCUGGCUCGUGUACAGGCGUUAAUAUUCUUAUCCACGUUUAGUGUAUGUUCUAACAACGAUCGUGAGCACACUACCAUGACAAACUCUUGUGCAAUUCUUUCAAGACGUCUGUACGCGCGUUACCAUGAUGUGUCGAGUGUCGUGGAUCGCAAAACUAGCAGCGCGGAAUAGAAACGAAAAGAAUAAAGGUCCGAGUUUGAAUAAUGGCAAGCGAUAUUUCCGUUCGACGAUGUUCUCCGUUGGGCAAACGUAAGUGUUUAACUUGAAAAUAUCGCUUGCCGUUACUCGUACUCACUCGAGCGUCUGGAUUAUUCGUUCGAAUUGGCACUAGCCUGCGACGAUACUCGGCUCCAAGUGUACGAUCAUAUUAAAUGUCUCUCGUAAAAAAAGAACAAGGCGAACAAAUCCGUUAACGCAUCGCAAGGUAAUUUUUACAGAGAUAAAGAAGUACUCGCGCGCUAAGCGUAAUAAUCCGUCGUAAUCGAUUACGUAAUUAAACCCGGCAGGACGGAAGAAUGAAAGAGAGGGUGUACUUCAUUUUCCGGUCGGCGGAAUUACGCGGUCGCGCGAGAUAAAUUCCAUGUAUGUUCGAUCCAACCCACACGUAUAUAUUGUACAUCAUCCACGCUGGACGCAGGAUUCGUUCGGUACUCGUGACGCUGGUCGUCUCUUUUCACUUUGUAAAAUGUAAUCCGCAGUAUAAUAUACGACGUAGUGUCUCUCGUAGUGUGAUGCAUGAUGUAUGUGUGUGUGUGCGUCUUGCUGUGUGAGAUAACACUCGUCGAUGCGAUGAGCUUGGUGGAGAACAAUGUUAAGAGCCGCGCUUAACACUUUCGCUCGCUGUCUUGUAAUUUACCGCGGUCCCUUAAAUUUUCAUUCGCUGCUGUACACAUGUGUUACACAGUUACUGCGACCCAGAUACGAACGGCUAAAACAGCUGGGAUUAGUUAGCCGAAGUUGUAACAUUGUUGGCGCAACGCAUCCAAAGUGCCGCUCGUUACCUUGCGAUAACGUUGGUUUAAUCGUGUUCUUCGAUUAUCGUAACUUGCGAGAUUCUUGCGCAGAUAUCUCGCAAGAUGCAAAAGAGAGAAAAUAUUUUCACCUCAAAUAUCUCGUUUUUUACGUUUUUCUAAUUUCAUGAUUUUUUCUCUCAGUCGUCAGUGCAAGGAUGAGUUGAAUGAAAAAACUAAUCUGAUCUAUCUUUCUUUCUAUCUUUCCUCGCGAAGGCUUGAUUACUCGAGUAAGCGUAUACGUGAUUAAUUAAUUAGUGACAAUCUUUAUGACGCUUCGCAACAGUGAAAGAGUUGAAUGUCGCUCUUCUCGAGUCUCACUGAUGUUAAUGUGUACAAAUGCAAUCUAGUCGAAUUCUAUAUAUUAUAUUAUACACGUACAUUCUUCUCCUUUGUUUCACUUUUAUUUUUCGUAUCUUUCGAUAACUGAUAAGAGUUAUGUCUAUUGCAAAGUGUGUGUAAAACGAAGGGAACAGCAAAUUCCUGUCGUUAAAAUCGCGAAGAGAUUGCUCUCAUUUAGAUAAACGCACUAGCAUUGGACACUUUCUUUCAUCACCGACUCGAGUCUGAGGAAGGUGGUCGAUAUUUCCGUUUUUCUGAUACGUUCCAGUUUGAUGCAAUAAUCAAACUAUCCAGGCCCAUCGAUUGAUAAAAUUCAUUUAGCACUGGUUGCACUUUUGAAAUUGUUUUCCAAGCGAUUCGCAACUGCAAAUCUUCUCAAUCAAAAAUUAUAAAAUUUACCUGUAGUGUUUCUUUAGGACACGAAUCUGCGGAUUUGGAAUCAGAGCGAUAUAGUCGCAUUUUCCACUUUCCUCUCGAUGCGUGAUUUCGCUAUCGUUUGCCACGCUUGUUGACGGAGAACAAUGCAUUCAAGUAGACGCGGCCUAAAGUCGUAAUAGAAACGUCUUGGAGAUCGACGCGUCUCCGACGCGCGAGCACCCAUUACCUAAAUAUACGUAUGUAUACUUAUAAUACACACACAUGCAUAUAUAAUAUAUAUAAAAUAUACGUACAUAGUCGUCGUCGUGCGAUUAUCAUUGCCGGUGCGCAAAUGUUAUUUCAAGAUAAGAGUAUAAUCCGUAAUUGCGACGCGAUAAUGCGCCAUACACGAUAACGCGUCGCGCGUUUAUAGAAUGAUGUCACACAUAUCGCCGCUCCUUUAUCCGAGAGAGCCUCCUCAGGUUCGGAACACAGAAAAGUCCGGAAGUGAUCCAAGUCCGCGACGUAAGUGUACGUGUUGUGACGAAUUGAUGGUGUGCAGCUUCCAUUCUGGGGCUUUAGGUGUCUGUUCUGCCUGUCGUGUGAAACCCUCCCUUUCGAAUGCGAACCUAAUGGUCCCAGGACCAUGGGGGUGGGUCGAUCACGUCUGCAGGGGUAUCGACUUUGCGCGUCCUCGUCUUUGAAAAUAUCGUGGAAACGUAAUCUUGCGGUUUUCCCAUAACGCAAACACCGCGUAAACAGGGGCGGGAUCUCUUGAAAGCGGGAAUAAACGACACGUGCGAGUGGCAUUUUCUGUGAAAUAUCAAAUACAUUUCUCUCUCCUUCUUCUUCGUGCCCGCUUCGAAAAUUUCCAUUCCGGUGCGCGCCCGGCCCCUUGCCCGUUAAUUGACGCUAAAUUAAUCUCCCGCGCGAGACUCCUUUGAUUAUUUCGCUGAACAACAAAACGCGCGGCUCGCAGUUUCAAUUCCCGUGUUCGCAUGUAUGUACACGAUUUUUGGCAGAUCGCGCGGCAGAUUUUCGGAAACGAAUUAAUCUCGCGAAUGGAAAACUAUCUAUUGUAGUAUGGUAUCCGUCGUAAACCGAAUGAGAAAGGCAGAGAAAGAGGGCGAGGGAGCGGGAGGCAGCUCGAUUGGAGCGAUUUAUAAGCCGGUAUAAAAGCGUGGCGUCACAGGGGCAGGGGAGUUUUCAAUUUCCGAUUGAAUUUGAAAACACAUACAGUGUGCGCGCGUUCUUGCGAAAUAUGACGACCUCUUUCGAAGAGCCGCGCGGAAGACUGCGGAUCGAUGUGACUCGAUAAUGUCGCCGCACGUAUCAUUCGUCACUCCACGAGAACUAUGACUGUAAGCGUACCUCAGCGUCACCUCCGCCAAAGCUGGUCUAUUUUUAUAUAUAAAUAUAUAUAAGUAUAUCUAUAUAUAAAUAUAUAAUAUAUAUUAUACAAUAUAUAGACACAUGCUCGUUCUCUCUACCUUCGUCGUAAUUCAUUAAUCACGGCGUUAAUUUUUACUUCGUAAGGGCAAUUCUGUGAAGAGUACUUUUAUUUCGUGCGCGCGAGGGAAUUAUUAUAUAUAGGAGGUUAUUUUAUAGUAUUAAUUAAAAAAUCGCAAAUAUGAUUGCUUUUGUCGUUUGAUUUCCGGAAACGCGACUGACGCGUACAAAUUAUGAAAUAAUUUUAGUAUUCGAUGAGAGAGUUCCCUACACUCUUUCUCUCUCUCUCUCUCUAUUUCUCGCCAAACGUGCAAAUUAAUUUUUUUAAUGAAAUUUCAAAAUUAUAGAGCGCGGUCGCACAGCUUUGUGGGAAUCUUGUUAUGUAUUCACGUUGCGUGUUAUUGAUGUUAAGCCGCUCGGUAUAAAAUUUGAGAUAUACAUUGGCUUGUAUCGGGAAUUUUCUCCGCUAACGAGCCACCUUCGCGUCCAUAUGACAAUCAAAUUAUUGUUUUAUCAUUCGUGCUAUACUAUGUAUCUGUAAUCGCAUCUAAAUGUUUAUGUCGAAAUAAAAGUAAUAUGUGACAUA